GGACAGGCUAGACGGUUGUCGUGAGACAAACAUACUGUGUGUGGAGCACCCAGUGCGGCUCAUUGCCUUAGACUUAUGGGAGGUUUGAACUUUGGCUCGUAUAAAUGGAAUGUAGAAAGCCAGGCAAACGAUGGCGUUCAAACAAGAUGCCGCAUUGGAAAUGAUGAAGAGACUUUUCAGCCUGCCGGAGGAGAAGCUGCUGAAAAUUCACGUCGACAAAAGCCAAGGCGUGAAGGGAUACUUGCCGUUUCAGUUCGAGGACGGAAGUAAGCGUCGUGCCGCGUUCAGCAUGGGUAGAGACUACACGAAUCCGGAGCAGCAUUUCGUGGCCGUUGCGCCUGGCGGCACUGUCACGAUCAAUCAGUGGCCGGAGGACGAUCUCCCCGAGUUUAGGAGAAUCAUUUAUGAUUAUUACCAGGAUGUUUUCAGAUUCGCGAGAAAGCUGCUUCAGAUCUUCGCUCUUGCUCUGGGGCUUGACGAAAGGGACCUCGAUGAGACAUUCCGCUAUCCAUUGAAUGAUAUCACCAUGCAGUAUUACCCCAUCCAGAGCCCUAAUGCUCAGUCCUCCAUUACUCCACACGCUGACUAUGGUGGAUUCACUCUACUUUGUCAAGAUGAUGUCGGUGGUCUCGAAGUUCUAAAUGCCAAUGGCAAAUGGAUACCAGCUCCCCCUAAGAAGCACGCAUACGUCGUGAAUACAGGUAGCUACAUGGAGGUGCUGUCAAAUAAACGCUUUUCUGCAACAGUUCACAGAGCCUUUGGAAACGCCAAUAGCGAACGCUACUCGCUCCCUUUCUUCUUUAAUCCAGAUCCAGCUUCAAUCGUUGUGCCUCACCCAAAGCUACUCGCCAAAGGUGAAAAGCCAUUGCUCGAACCACAGCAUAUAGGCCGCUUGUCGCUGAAGGGCAUGACGACGAACCGGCCAAAUCACCCGUUCUUGAGGAAGCUGAAGGAACUUGGCUUAGACGAAGACGAACUUGACUACAGUUUAUUUCUAAGGCCAAUCGAAAGCAUAGCAAAAGAGAGGGCCUAGGAAGUGUUAGGGGGGACUUCAUAAGGUGCUAUCGAGUAAUCAUUCACCAAUGCAAAUUUUCUACAUAGAUGCAAAGACCAAAAUGCCUUCAAGACGAGAAUUGGAUGAGAUUUAGAGCGCGAAUAUAUUGACUAGUGUAUUAAGUGAUUGUAAUUCUUGAAAUGACCAUGGCUUUAA